UCAGGUGUUUUGAUGAAGUCGUGGAGGCUGUUAGCCACCAGCACCGCUGACGGUUUUGGUACUGUCUUAAUCCUGCUUUUAUUCACUCAAACUCACUGUCAGCUCCUCUAGUGUAAAGAAUCCAGCCAACUAAAUCCAGAGUCCACUGAAAGUAACCAUUACAAGAGACUGUUUCAUAUCUGCAGCUGACAGAACAGUGGUUUUCUUAUUUCUCGUCUCCUUCAAACUCUUUUGAGAUGCUGUCAGCAUGAAUACUUGGUUUAUUUUGAGCCUGGGACACUUGGACCCUGCUGAGAAUUCGCAGUGACAGAUUUUCAGAUGUAUUUAGGUCUAUUUUUGUCGUUUUAUUUCAGCAGUUUAGUAGACUGUAUAAAGAAAUGUAUCAAGUUUAAAAUCGGUUGCUAUCUUUGAGUUGUUCUCCGAGUGAACAUUUAGUGUUAUUUUCCCAGAGUAAAGCCUGUUAAGACUUCUGCUCGGCUGUCAAUCAAGCUGACCUCUGGACAGUUCAGAGGUUGACAGCCAGUGAAAUCAUGGAGUCCAUGCUCAAUAAACUAAAGAGCACCGUUACCAAGGUGACGGCUGACAUGACCAGUGCUGUCAUGGGCAACCCUGUCACACGGGAGUUUGAGGUGGGCCGACAUAUCGCCAGCGGGGGUCCAGGAAUGAGCUGGAGGAUCUACAACGGCACCAAAAAAUCCACCAAACAGGAAGUGGCAGUCUUCGUGUUCGAUAAGAAGAUCAUUGAUCGCUAUCAGAAGUUUGAGAAGGAUCAGAUCAUUGAUUCGCUGAAGAAAGGAGUUCAACAGCUGACCCGGUUACGACAUCCGCGUCUCCUCACAGUUCAGCACCCACUGGAGGAGUCCAGAGACUGUCUGGCGUUCUGCACCGAGCCCGUGUUCGCCAGUCUAGCGAAUGUGCUCGGCCAGUGGGACAACAUCCCUAGUCCUGUUCCCACAGACAUCAAAGAAUACAAACUCUAUGACGUUGAGACCAAAUACGGCUUACUGCAGGUCUCGGAGGGUUUGUCGUUCCUUCACAGUGGGGUUAAAAUGGUUCAUGGAAACUUGUGUUCAGAGAACAUCAUCUUGAAUAAGAGCGGAGCCUGGAAGAUCAUGGGCUUUGACUUCAGUAUCUCCUCCAGUAACCCGUCUGACGCUGAGCCCAAGUAUGUUUGUAAAGAGUGGGACCCCAAUCUCCCACCUCUCUGCCUCCCGAACCCAGAAUAUGUCGCUCCGGAGUACAUCCUGUCCGUCAGCUGCGACGCAACCUCUGACAUGUACUCACUGGGCGUCUUGAUCCACGCCGUGUUCAAUGAAGGCAAGCCCGUCUUUCAGGUUAACAAGCAGGACAUAUUCAAGAGCUUCAGCCGACAACUGGACCAGCUGAGCCAUCUAAGUCCAGGAGUAUUGAAUCAGAUCCCUGAGGAGGUCAGGGAUCAUGUGAAGAUGUUGCUCAACGUCACCUCCAACGUGCGUCCAGACGCAGAUCAGAUGACAAAGAUUCCCUUCUUCGAUGAUGUUGGAGCGAUGACCCUUCAGUACUUUGACUCGCUUUUCCAGCGGGACAACUUACAGAAGUCUCAGUUCUACAGAGGUCUCCCAAAAGUUCUGCCCAAGUUGCCCAAGAGAGUGAUAGUAUAUAGAAUCCUCCCGGCACUCACGUCUGAGUUUGUGAACCCCGACAUGGUUCCGUUUGUCCUUCCAAAUGUGCUGCUCAUUGCUGAGGAGUGCACAAAGGAGGAGUACGUCCGCCUCGUUCUCCCAGACCUCACCCCAGUUUUCAAACAGCAGGAGCCAGUACAGGCCAGCAACAUGAUCCUGCUGAUAUUUCUACAAAAGAUGGACCUACUUUUGACCAAAACGCCUCCUGAAGACAUCAAGAACAGUGUUCUGCCCAUGGUGUACAGAGCAGUGGAGGCCCCCUCUACUCAAAUACAGGAACUUUGUCUGAAUAUCAUUCCCACGUUUGCCAAUCUAAUAGAGUACCCGUCUAUGAAGAAUGCACUUAUCCCUCGUAUCAAAUCUGCCUGUUUACAGACAUCCUCACUAGCGGUGAGGGUGAACUCUUUGGUGUGCCUAGGCAAGAUCCUGGAAUACCUGGAUAAAUGGUUCGUCAUUGAUGAAAUUCUACCAUUCCUGCAACAAAUUCCAUCCAGGGAACCAGCUGUGCUCAUGGGCAUUCUGGGCAUCUACAAGUGCACUUUCACCCAUAAGAAACUGGGCAUCCCAAAAGAGCACCUGGCUGGAAAGAGUUUACCACAUCUGGUGUCACUUAGUAUUGAUAACAACCUUAACCUUAACCAGUUUAACUCUUUCAUGGCUGUGGUCAAGGAAAUGUUGAAUCGCGUGGAAGCGGAGCAUAAGACCAAAUUAGAGCAGUUGCACAUCAUGCAAGAGCAGCAAAGGACGAUACCCAUGCAAGGCGGCACCGUAUCCUCUACCUUCCCAGCUGGACCCACUAUGGGUGGAAUGGGCACUAUGGGCGCGAAGGAUCUGACCAGCAGUCUUUUGAACACCAUGACAUCUGUGAACAACCUCUCUUUGAACUCUGGGUCCAGGACGAUACCCAUGCAAGGCGGCACCGUAUCCUCUACCUUCCCAGCUGGACCCACUAUGGGUGGAAUGGGCACUAUGGGCGUCAGCAACGGUUUUAACUCGCCCAUGGGAUUCCAGACGGGAGGUAUGGGAAUGGGCAUGAGACCCGCUGCUCCUUGCCUUUAUGGAGGCAUGGCCACCACUACCAGCGCUCCAAAUUUCAGUGCCCUCACCCAGAACCAAAACCAACCCAGCAAGCCCACAGACAUGUCAGCCCUAGACUCCCUCUUCACUUCAAGCAAACCCAAAGUCAGCAUGAACCAAAUGGCCCCUAAACCGGCCCCAGGAGCCACUGCACCCUCCCCAUGGCUCAGUCAGUAUGGUACAGGCCAACCUUCCCAGACUGCACCCAUGCAGGCGACUCCGAUGGGGAUGACGGGAGUUCAAGGUGGUUUUGGAAUGCAAGCAAACCCGUUCUUCAACCCUCAGAACUUCUCGCAACCUGUGGCCUCUUCAACAAUCAACGCUGGGGUGAUGAAGCAAAGCGCUUCAGUCAACAACGAUCUUAAGGACCUCUUCGGAUAAAACAUCUGCCUUUCGUUCCCGUUCCCCCUUGUGUGGGAAUCAUAAUGAAACCACAUCAGCAGGGAAGAUGACAGUCAAAAUUUGGUUGGGCGGUUAGACAUGGUAUCCUUGAAAGAGGUUAAAACUUUCUGGUUUGUUUUGUCUUUUUAUUUUUUUUUAGCCCUUAUCAAUGGUGAGCUUCCUGCGGACAGUCAACUUAUCUCAUCGUGAGAAUCAAAAGCAGACAGCACCAAACAAACAUCAUGUUUUUACAGAAAGCUUGGGCUCUUCUGCUGAAAGCUGCUUCAGUCGGUGGAUGCCUUGCUUUCGUUGUACCAUUUGA